UGCGCAGACGGACAGAGACGGCGCAGCUACAGCUCGCGGCUGCUGGGGGCUCCGGAGGGCGCGCCGCUGCCUGCGCAGGCGGCCAUGCAGUCCUUGAGGAAAACGCUGAUCACGGUCGCAAUGCUGGGCGCAGGGGCUGGCGUGGGCUCCGCGCUCCUUGUUAUCGUGACCCCGAGAGGGCAGCGGAAGCAGGAGAUGCUGAAGGAGAUGCCACUGCAGGACCCGCUGAGGAGGGACGAGGUGACCAGGACCCAGCAGCUAGUGAUGGACGUUCUGCAGGAAGCAGCGACCACGCAAGAGAACGUGGCCUGGAGGAAGAACUGGAUGGUUGGCGGCAAAGGCGGGAAGUCGGCGUGAGACCGGACUUGCCCCAGUGGGCGCUGGGACCUUGGCUAGGGCGCGGGAGUCUGAGGCAGCCUUUCUCCUUCGUGGGCCCAGCGGGGAGUCCGGACCGAGAUGCCAUUCCCGGGACUUUUUUGGGUCCUGUGAGCUGCCAUCGGGUGAGCACGUUCCCCCCAAACCCUGCACUGAUUGCUUUUAAAGUCCGCAAAG